AUGUACGAGGUAUCGUGCGUGGCUGGUAACAAAGUGGAUGCGGCAUACGCGGUGAAGAGUCUGUCCAACGUGAUACCGCCCGGCAUGGGGAACAGCGUGUCCGUACAGCGCCACCACGCGCACUCACAGUCAUACAAACACAAGCCGGAAACACAGCCGGUCAGUAAACCCGAUGCGAUCAAGUCACACGUGAUGAGACUGUUGAAACGAUCCAAGAGCCACACACCGGCCACCAGGGUUGACACGCAGCCUGACGCGAGGACCUUCGAUAGAAGAACGGUCUUCGCUAAGCCUGUAGCAGAUGAACAGCGUAGAAGAAGAAACUCGGCGGAAAGGCGGAGGAGUGCUGAUAAACGAGUGAUGGUCACCAUAGUGGACGGUCUGCCGGUUGUCGUCACCAACCAGGGUCAACCAUCACACAACCCACCACCGGUUACGCACCAUCGACACUCACACAGAGAUAAGGUAGGAAUAUAA